AAUUAGGGUUUCAUUCAUUCAUAUACAUACAUUCUCUAUAUAUCUAUACAUCAGGGGGGAGCGAAACGCAUCGCUUUCAAAUCUCCCCACCAAACAAAUCUAAAAAUUAGGGUUUGAUAAUCAAAAUCAAUGGGGACAGAAAGGAAACGGAAGGUGAGUUUAUUCGACGUGGUGGACGACGGAACGGCGGCGGCGGCGAAGAUCAAUAGAGCGAACGGCGGAGCGGCGGUUCACGGAACGCCGAUGGUGAAUCAUUGGAAUGGACGGGCGUAUUCAGCGAGAUAUUACGAGAUAUUGGAAAAGCGAAAGACUUUGCCUGUUUGGCAACAAAAAGAUGAGUUUUUUAAAGUUUUGAGAGAGAAUCAGACUUUGAUUUUGGUUGGUGAAACUGGUAGUGGUAAAACUACUCAGAUCCCUCAGUUUGUCUUGGAAGCUGUUGAGUUAGAGAGUGCAGAUAAACGGAAGAAGUUCAUGGUUGGUUGCACCCAACCUCGUAGGGUGGCUGCAAUGUCUGUUUCUCGUCGUGUUGCAGAGGAAAUGGAUGUCACAAUUGGAGAAGAAGUAGGUUACAGCAUUCGUUUUGAAGAUUGCAGCAGUGCCAAAACUGUCUUGAAAUACUUGACAGAUGGUAUGCUACUAAGAGAAGCCAUGACCGAUCCUCUUCUGGAAAGAUAUAAAGUGAUUAUCCUUGAUGAGGCUCAUGAAAGAACGUUGGCUACUGAUGUUUUAUUUGGGCUUUUAAAGGAAGUGCUGAAAAAUAGACCCGAUCUUAAACUAGUCGUUAUGAGUGCUACUCUUGAAGCAGAAAAAUUCCAGGGUUAUUUCUUUGGUGCACCAUUAAUGAAAGUUCCCGGUAGGCUUCAUCCUGUGGAAAUCUUUUAUACCCAGGAGCCUGAACGGGACUACCUUGAGGCAGCAAUCCGGACAGUUGUACAAAUACAUAUGUGUGAACCUCCAGGUGAUAUACUUGUUUUUCUUACCGGAGAAGAGGAAAUAGAAGAUGCAUGUCGCAAAAUAACGAAAGAGGUUGGUAAUAUGGGAGACCAGGUUGGGCCUGUAAAAGUCGUUCCUUUGUAUUCGACGCUCCCACCAGCUAUGCAACAAAAGAUAUUCGAGCCUGCUCCUCCUCCGGUAACUGAGGGUGGGCCUGCUGGUAGGAAGAUUGUGAUUUCGACAAACAUUGCUGAAACAUCUUUAACCAUUGAUGGUAUAGUGUAUGUCAUAGACCCAGGUUUUGCAAAGCAGAAAGUUUAUAAUCCACGUGUUCGUGUUGAGUCUUUGUUGGUUUCUCCAAUCUCAAAGGCGAGCGCUCACCAGAGAUCUGGUCGUGCCGGGAGAACACAACCUGGUAAAUGUUUUAGAUUAUACACGGAAAGAAGUUUUAAUAAUGACCUUCAGCCUCAAACCUACCCGGAGAUUCUUCGCUCGAACCUUGCAAAUACGGUUCUUACUCUGAAGAAACUUGGUAUUGAUGAUCUAGUUCAUUUUGAUUUUAUGGAUCCGCCUGCUCCUGAGACUUUGAUGCGUGCUUUGGAGGUUUUGAAUUAUCUGGGAGCAUUGGAUGAUGAAGGAAACUUGACCAAAUUGGGUGAAAUUAUGAGUGAAUUUCCACUCGAUCCUCAGAUGGGGAAGAUGCUGGUUGUGAGCCCUGAAUUUAACUGUUCGAAUGAAAUCCUUUCUAUCUCAGCUAUGCUAUCAGUACCCAAUUGCUUCGUUCGGCCUAGAGAAGCUCAGAAGGCUGCUGAUGAGGCAAAAGCUCGAUUUGGACACAUUGAUGGGGAUCAUCUCACACUUUUGAACGUAUAUCACGCUUACAAGCAAAAUAAUGAAGAUCAAUCAUGGUGCUAUGAAAACUUUGUGAAUCAGAGGGCACUUAAGUCUGCUGAUAAUGUGAGGCAACAAUUAGCUCGUAUUAUGUCCCGUUUUGGCCUCAAGUUAUGCAGUACGGAUUUUAACAGCCGGGACUAUUACAUCAACAUCAGAAAAGCUAUGCUAGCAGGGUAUUUUAUGCAGGUUGCCCAUUUGGAGCGCACUGGACAUUAUUUGACUGUGAAAGACAAUCAAGUUGUUCACUUGCACCCGUCAAAUUGUUUGGAUCAUAAGCCUGAAUGGGUGAUAUACAACGAGUACGUUUUAACAAGCAGGAAUUUCAUACGUACCGUUACAGAUGUUCGUGGUGAAUGGAUUGUUGAUAUCGCCCCACACUACUAUGAUCUUGAGAACUUCCCACAAUGUGAAGCGAAACGUGUGUUGGAGAAACUCUACAAGAAAAGGGAAAAAGACAAGGAAGAGAGCAAAAACAGAAGAUAGAACUGGAACCCUCUGGCUCGUGCAAUUAGGUCUUAUUUGCCACCCUAUUGGCUCUUGCAAUUAGGUUUUGCUUCUAUCAUAUCUACUUGAGGGCGCUCACAACUAUGAAAUUCUAAGUUCAGCAAACUGUUGCUGAUGAUGUCAUCAUGUAUCCUAGUUUAGUAAAAGUGAGUUUGUUCUGUAUCAACCGAAUAAUCCUAAAUGAGUUUUGUGUUCUUUUUCUUCCCUGGCA